CUGUAACAUAGUUGUAUAGUCUUUUAUCAUCUCAAAAGUCAUCAUUAAACCGCCAAAUUAAGCAUAUCUUCUUUCUUAUUCUCUGCAACUUAUUUUGGGGCUUCUCAGAUUCAAAAGGAAAGUGAGCAAAUACAUAGGCUUUCGCCUAGUAGAAAUGUCGAGGUAUUGAGGAAGAAACUCGAAAAAGGAAAAUUUCAAAGAUCCGUGCGGCGGAGAUGAGCGCGUCAAGGUUCAUAAAGUGUGUUACGGUCGGAGAUGGUGCUGUCGGAAAAACCUGCAUGCUCAUUUCUUACACUAGCAACACUUUCCCUACUGACUAUGUUCCAACUGUUUUCGAUAACUUCAGUGCUAAUGUGGUUGUUGAUGGCAACACUGUCAAUCUUGGAUUAUGGGACACAGCCGGUCAAGAAGACUACAACAGGUUACGACCUUUGAGUUACCGUGGCGCUGAUGUUUUCCUUCUUGCUUUCUCCCUUAUCAGCAAGGCUAGCUAUGAGAACAUCGCCAAGAAGUGGAUUCCUGAGCUCAGGCAUUAUGCUCCUGGUGUUCCCAUCAUCCUCGUUGGAACUAAACUUGAUCUUCGAGAUGACAAGCAAUUCUUCAUAGAUCAUCCCGGUGCAGUACCGAUUACUACAAACCAGGGAGAGGAACUGAAGAAACUGAUUGGGUCUGCGGUCUACAUUGAAUGUAGUUCAAAGACACAACAGAAUGUGAAGGCAGUGUUUGAUGCAGCCAUAAAAGUGGUUCUUCAGCCACGAAAGCAGAAGAAGACUAAGAAAAAGAACCGCUGCGCCUUCUUGUGAUUGUAAAAAGAAAAAAAGAAUCUGUAAGAAGAAGACUUGAUGAUUUUUACUAUUUGAUUCGUCCCAGUUUUAAUAUGACAAUUCCGACAGUUAUGGGAGAACAUUUUCGAGUAGCUUUUUGUAUAGUUGCUUAAAUCAAAGCUGUGUUGUUGUGUCUUUUUAGUUCACAGUGUGUACUACUAUUGCUAUGUAGGCUAAUCACUCUUCCCUUUUGUUGCUGAUGGGAUCACAUUAUGUAGGCCAAUGUUUUUAUUCUUGCUUUCAAGCUGUUUUCUUACUGCGUCUGCAAACAGUUAUAUAUGCAAAUGAUUUGGUUGAA